CUAUUUAAGCAGCAUCUCAUACUGCCUCUCAUGUGCUACCCACCUCAAGACUGCACAAGUAAGGUAGGACAUCUGAGAUAUUUUGAGGAUGCUGGUAUGGCUGAGUCUCUCAGUGCUGGCCGUGACCCUGCAGCCAGCGCUCUCUUUGUAUAACUGCUCCUCCCUGUACAACAGGGUCCCAAACAAUGACGACCUGACGGUGGACUGUGGGGUUAGUGUCAUCACUCUGAACGUUAACCUCUGCACAGCGCAGUGGGCCGGCUUUGAUCCCGCGAGCCUGGCUAUGAACGGGGAGCACAACAACAGCCUCUGUCAAGGCACCAUAGACACCAGCGCUAACCCUCCAGUCAUUCGCUUCCAACUGCCUGUCAACGACAGUCAGGCCAACCCAUGCCGGCAGUCCCUGCAGAUAGUAAACGAGAUCCCCAGCUCAUCUGGACCCUUCAGCCAGUUCUCCACCAUCCAGUCAGUCAUCAUCACCGGCUACAUUGACACGCCCUCCUCCUCAGUGGGAUACAUCAGCUACUCCACGGACCUCUACUACCACUUCUCCUGCCGUUACCCGCUCGAGUACCUCAUCAACAACACCAAGAUAGUGGCAUCGUCAGUGUCGGUGGCUACCAAUGACAAAAACGGAAGCUUUAUCAACACUCUAAGCAUGAGUGUGUACAAUGAUUCAAACUUUUCAUAUCCACUGGUGGUUCCACCUACUGGACUACAACUGCGCACGAUGAUCUAUGUUGAAGUGAAGGCAGCCAAUCUUAGUGGGAACUUUAAUCUCCUCUUGGAUCACUGCUUUGCAACUCCGUCCCUCUACAAUUCAACCAGCAGUGACAAACAUGACUUUUUCACCAUAUGUAACAUUUACCCUCACACCACUGUCUUGGGAAAUGGAAUCUCCAAGAAGUCCAGGUUCUCUUUUGAAGCGUUCCGUUUUGUGGAGCAUCGUGACCAAGACAGGUCCUCCAUCUACCUUCACUGCAUACUGAAGCUUUGCGAACCCGACAAGUGCCAGAACUUUAUCAAUGCCUGCAAUGUUAGAAGAAAGAGAUCCGUUGAUCCUGGAACUGAGGCCUCUGUGUCAAUGGGGCCGAUAUAUACUGCCGCCCAAAGUAAGUACACAAUCUCCCCCAGUUUGGCUGUUCAGAUGUUUUUUAGCCAGUAG